GAAUCGUGCAGUAGCAGCGUUUUCCCGGGCCUUCGGGCCACCGGGCCACCGGGCCACCGGGCCAAGCCAGACCCGCGCCACGUGGAGAAGGUAGGCGCCAUGGCGACUCCACCGCGGACCCGGCUGUCGAAAGGAGAGCUCCUGCUGGCGGGAGCUUGCGCUGGAGUGGCCAGCAAGACGGUCACGGCGCCCAUGGACCGCAUCCGCAUGAUUUUCCAGGUGCACCGGAAGCGGGUCUUCUCCCUGCGCAGCUUCUUCAACCGGGGCAUGCAGAUCAUCCGGCAGGAGGGCCCUUGGGGCCUCUGGCGUGGCAACAUGGCAGUCAUCCUCCAGGUGAUGCCUUAUGCCGGCAUCCAGUUCAUGACGUUCGACACGUAUCAGCGCUUGCUGGAGCAGUCGGUGCCUUCGCCCUGCCUGGUCCGCUUCUCUGCGGGCGCGCUGGCUGGCGCCAGCGCCACGACGCUGACCUACCCCUUGGACUUGUUGAGAGCGCAGAUGGCCAUCAGCAUGACCUCCUUGUGGGACAGGGUGCCGCAUUCUUCAUACACCGCGGCGGCAGAGGACAUCAUCCGAAACGAAGGCGUCCUUGGCUUGUACCGCGGCCUGGGCCCCACGCUUCUGGGCAUUCUGCCGCACGCGGGCACCAGCUUUUUGGUCUUCGAGACGCUGAAGCCGCACUUUUCCAGCCUCCUGGGCCUUCGCUCAGAGCGCGACUUGCCCAUUGUGGGCCGUUUGCUGGCGGGUGCCCUUGCCGGGCUCGUGGCACAGGGCGCCUCCUACCCGCUGCAUGUAGUGCGGCGUCGGAUGCAGGUGCAAAGCUGCCUGCAACACAGCAGCAAGUACCACUCGGUGCUACACGCACUGGUGACCAUUUUGCGCACCGAGGGCUUCGUGAAGGGCCUCUACAAAGGCAGCUCCCUGACGCUGAUCAAGGGCCCUUUGUCGGCAGCCUGUGGGUUCACCACCAACGACUUUCUGAAGGCUUUCCUCCUGGGGAGCGCCGGAGAUCCCGAGCUCUGCCCUCCUGGCGGCUGGCCGGACGGCUGUGAGGUGGUGCGUGACCCCAGCCGGGCUUUGAAUCAGCUCACGCCCAUCGAGCACCUUAUUUCUGGGGGAGUUGCAGGCGCAGUUGCCAAGACGGUGAUCGCGCCGGCGGAUCGCAUCAAGAUCCUCUACCAGACCAACUCCAACCGUGCCUUCUCCUGGAGAGGGGUUCGGAGGACGUUCAACACCAUCUUCCAGAACACAGGCAUCACCGGGCUUUGGCGGGGCCACUGCGCCACCCUGAUGCAAGUGAUUCCGAAGGCUGCGACCACGUACACGACCUUUGACAGGUACCGUCACUGGAUCUCUGAUUCGACUUCCUUGGACAACGUGACCACCCGCUUUCUGGCUGGUGCCGCGGCGGGCGCCACUGCCACGGGGCUCACUUAUCCGUUGGACAUGAUGAGGGCGCGGAUGGCGGCGCAUUGGGAUAUGACGCCGAGAUAUCCCAACUACUUCGCAGCUUUUGAGCGUGUGCUCCAGGAGGAGGGCGUCUCUUCCCUCUACAAGGGCAUUCGGCCCACCCUGCUGGGCAUCAUGCCCUAUGCCGGGCUUAGCUUUAUGGCCUACGAGACUCUGAAGGCUCACCUCGCCCAGGACGAUGAUUUGCCCUCGUCGCAGCGCUUGUUUUGCGGCGCCUGCGCAGGCGUCUUCGCCCAGUCCACUACGUACCCGCUGGACAUCAUCCGGCGCAGGAUGCAGGUGCAUCCUGGACUCUACCGCAACGAGUGGCACGCCUUCUGGGCGAUCUGCAGCUCGGAGGGCCUGGUCGGGGGCCUCUUCAAGGGCGUCUCCAUGAAUUGGAUCAAGGGGCCAGUGGCCGUAGGCGUGUCCUUCACGGUGAACGAUCUUUUGAAGAAGCACUUGGCGCAGAUGUGAGGCGGCUUGCUACCCAUUUGCCCACUGCUUCCCAUCUGCAGCCUGAAGCCGCCCGAGCAUCCACUAGAGCUUUAGUUCGCAGUGUCGUGUGGUUCUCGUGCAGUGUGCAGCUUUCUGCACAUUUUUCCCCCACUGGUAGGUGAACACAUGUUACUGUGCGCUGGGAUUGCAUACGUUCGAAAUGUCGGUUGGUGCGGUCUUUCAGCUGCCUACCCACAGAUACCUUUUAAAGCGUGCUCCCUCGAGGGGCUUUCCCUGCAGAGUGCGAUCAUCGAUCGCCUGCGGCGAUGAAAGGCCAAAGACGCCGAAGUCGCUAAUAGCAAUCGGUCCGGCUGCUGCUUGCGCGCUGCUGCCUUCC